AAGUCCAACCCCCACGAUUUUCAUUUCAGGAAGAAGCGGAUCUAACGUUGUCCCCACCACAACCGACACUGGUUCAGUGUACUAAACGCCUCAACGUUGAUCACAGUAGAAAUCAUCAUACUUUGUUUGAGCAAAACCACGUUUCCAUGUAGUCAGCGGCCGUCCCGACCAAGUCUAUCCCGGUUUGAGACUAGAAAAUAUGGACUGGGCAGUGAGCUGUCGGACCCGGCUGUGGUACAUUUUGGUGUUGCUUUCCUGCGCUGGUCUCCCACAAAAGGGGUUUUGCAGUGCCAGCACAGUUUCCCUUCCUGAAAGUCUCCUCUUUGUGUCCACGCUGGAUGGAAACCUGCAUGCUGUCAGCAAGAAGUCCGGCAUUAUCAAAUGGACUCUGAAAGAAGAUCCAGUUCUUCAGGUCCCCACACAUGUGGCAGAACCAGCUUUUCUGCCUGACCCCAAUGAUGGCAGCCUGUACUCUCUGGGAGGGAAGAACAACGAAGGCCUCACAAAAUUACCUUUCACCAUCCCUGAGUUGGUGCAAGCUUCUCCAUGUCGCAGCUCUGAUGGCGUCCUGUACACCGGUAAGAAACAGGACUCCUGGUACGUGGUGGACCUCUUGACUGGUGAGAAACAGCAGACCCUGACUUCCUCCUUUGCUGAGAUGCUGUGUCCCUCCUCGUCUCUGCUCUAUCUGGGACGCACAGAGUAUACCAUUACCAUGUAUGACACCAAGAGCAGAGAGCUGCGCUGGAAUGCCACCUAUUCUGAUUAUGCCUCCACCCUUCCCGAUGAUGACACCAAAUACAAAAUGGCUCACUUUGUGUCCAACGGUGAUGGCCUGGUGGUGACCGUGGACAGAGAAUCAGGAGAUUUUCAUUGGGUGCAGAACUACAAGUCUCCAGUGGUGGCCAUUUACAUCUGGCAGCGCGAAGGACUCCGCAAAGUUGCCCACACUAACGUGGCCGUGGAAACACUUCGCUAUCUCACUUUCAUGUCUGGGGAGGUUGGCCGCAUCACCCAGUGGAAAUACCCAUUCCCAAAAGAGAAUAAGGCUGCUUUGUACGUGGGGAAAUACUCCAGCAGUCUUUAUGCUUCUCCCUCAAUGGUGCACGAUGGAGUCACUGUGGUGCCUCGUGGCAGCGUCUUCCCCAGGCUGGAGGGUCCUGACAGCCAGGAGACUGUGGAGGACAAGGAGUGUGUUAUCACCCCUAGUGUGGAGUUUAACUCGGCCCUCCGCGAGAGAAACCGUAUCAACUUCAUGAGAAACUACCUGCUCCUAAUAGGUUAUCAUGAGACGCCUCCUGAAGCUCACACCAAGAUCCUGGAGAAGUUUCCUGACAGCUUCCCUCGCAAUCAAGGCAACGUCAUCCCACCUACCACUGACAAGAAGGUUGAGGAGAAGGUGAAUGAUAGUGGUAUGGAUGAUCGCCCGCCUUCCCCUGUAACAUCUGUCGGACAAACUGGGGCCGGUGGUCACCCUGCACGUACGGAGGCACCUGUGGACUCGAUGCUCAAAGACAUGGCCACUAUCAUCUUUUCCACUUUUCUCCUGGCUGGCUGGGUGGCCUUUGUAAUUACCUACCCCAAAAGUGUUCACAAGCAGCAGCAGCUACAGCACCAGGAGUUCCAGAGACAGAUGGAGGAAAGGUUGGAGCUUCUACAGAGGCAGCAGCCGUUCCCCCCAGCAGACUUAGGGCUCGGCUUGGCCCAGGACAGUGACUAUCUGGAGGUCGCCCGCACUCGCUCGGAAUGCUCAGACCACAGCAGCCCCAACGUCACCCCCCGUGCCUCCAACCAUUCCAACUUGUCUGUGUCUGAGCUGGGAAGCUCUGCAAAUGAGCAUGAGGAUGGAGAGGAGGACUCCAAUCUGGUCAGAGUGGGCAACAUAACCUUCCGUCCCAAAGAGGUCUUGGGUCACGGCGCUGAGGGGACCAUUGUGUACAAGGGUCAGUUUGAUAAUCGUCCUGUGGCCGUGAAGAGGAUUCUCCCAGAGUGCUUCAGCUUUGCAGACCGGGAAGUUCAGCUGCUGAGGGAGUCAGACGAGCACCCGAACGUUAUCCGUUACUACUGCACUGAGAGGGACCGUCAGUUCCAGUACAUUGCAAUUGAGCUGUGCGCUGCCUCACUUCAAGAGUACGUGGAGAGGAAGGAUUUUGACCGUCAUGGACUUGAGCCAGUUAUGCUUCUUCAGCAGACCAUGUCAGGAUUGGCUCACCUGCACUCUCUAAACAUUGUCCACAGAGACUUGAAACCUCACAAUAUCCUGGUGUCCAUGCCCAACGCCCACGGUCGGGUCCGAGCCAUGAUCUCAGACUUUGGCCUGUGUAAGAAGCUGGCAGUGGGCCGGCACAGUUUCAGUCGGAGGUCCGGUGUGCCGGGUACAGAAGGUUGGAUUGCCCCUGAGGUGCUCAGUGAGGACUGCAAAGACAACCCGACGUGCGCUGUUGACAUCUUCUCCGCUGGUUGUGUUUUCUACUACGUGGUGUCUCAAGGAUGCCACCCGUACGGCAAGUCUCUGCAGAGGCAAGCAAAUAUCUUAUUGGGCUCACACAACCUGGAUUACCUGCAAACUGACAAACAUGGGGACAUCGUAGCCAGAGAUCUAAUAGAGCAGAUGUUGGGCAUGGAGCCAUACAGGAGGCCUUCAGCUGAGAGCGUUCUCAAACACCCUUUCUUCUGGAGCCUGGAGAAGGAGCUGCAGUUCUUUCAGGAUGUCAGUGACAGAAUAGAAAAGGAGCCGCUGGAUGGACCAAUUGUAAGACAGCUGGAGAGAGGAGGGAGGGCUGUCGUCAAGGGCGACUGGAGGGAGCAUAUCACAGUGCCACUGCAGACCGAUCUCCGGAAAUUCCGUUCCUAUAAGGGUGGAUCAGUCAGAGACUUAAUGCGAGCAAUGAGAAACAAGAAACACCAUUACAGAGAGUUGCCUGCGGAGGUACAGGAGACUCUGGGCUCCAUCCCUGAUGACUUUGUCUCCUAUUUCACCUCCCGCUUCCCCCACCUACUCAUGCACACCUACCUGGCCAUGCGGACAUGUGCAUCAGAGAGGCCAUUCCUGCCUUACUACUCCACUGCUGAGCAGGUUGCAAAAACACAAGCUGAACACACACACCUCAGCCCACAAAGACAAAAUGAGCCAUGCACUCAACCUCUGCAAACACACACACCAUCAUCCUCCUCACAAUCACAGGAACCUACACAUUCUGCACAGCCAGUGCAGGUCUCUCACGCAACACCUAAUGCACCAUUGCCCUCUUCAUUACCGGAUGAGUCUGUACCCUCACACCUGCCAGUUGAGACAGUGCAGCCAGCAGAGACAACCUUGUCCACUCAGAUGCCCAUAUCUGCCUUGGAAUCAGCCACAGACCCUCUCAGGCAAAUAGAAUCCAAGCAGUCUGAGAUGCACACACUACCAGAUCGUCCUCCACAAGAAAAAGAACCAGUUUGAACUGGACCAGCGACGGGUGGACCCAGCACAGACGAGAGCUUUGUCUUAAAGGGUGGACGCCAAGUGGGGUUCAGUUGCUGCACCUUGAGCUGGUGUUGACUAGGCCUGCAGUGCCUGGGAUCACCUGCUGGGUGAAGCAGCUGCAUCCUCAGUUUAAGUGCCUUCCGCUCACCUGAGAUAUGUUCCCCAGCAGAGCAGUCCACAGGUCUGCCACUGAGGAAGUCUCAUAACCAACAGGAUGUUGUUGGACGUUAUCUUGUAGCAGGACUGAGAAAAGAGAAUCUCUGGUGUUUUAUAACAGCAUGUCCAAAAAGUGUUUGUCUCUAAAAUAUGUGGUCUCUAUUGUGGGAAACAUGUCUGAAUCUUGUUGGGAAAUUUUAUUGUGCAAUGUUGUAUUUCUCAGUGAGCUUGUUCACUGUGCAGAUGCUGUAUGUAUAUUUUUGUAUAGACUGAUUCAGAAUUUGGAUCAUCAAUGUUGAAUCAUUUAAUACGGCCAAUGUGCCUUUUUUUUUAAAUAUCACUGUGCUGCAUGGGUACAGAUCUUUGACUAUGCUAAAUGUGCUUGAUUCCAGUUAAUGCUGCUAGACUGCUUCUCUAUUGUCAAUCAAGAUUAUUCUGCUGACCUGGAAAGAGGUAACUGUUCCAAAGGGCAUUCACUGUGACACCUGAAUACAUGUAUUUUUAUUCUCAUGUGAUCACGUGGAAAAUUAAGAGAUUAGAGUUUGGGCAGGCUGCAGGAAUAUCAUGUAUGAAAACGUUCUCAAGGGGCGAUUCAGUGAAGUUAAUAACUUGCACAUUAAAAUCUAUUUUUUUUUAUACUUGAA